AUGCGUGUGAGUGAGAAGGAAAUUAAGCAAGAGCCGUCGCGGAUUCCAAUUUCAAAAGGAAAACAGCCAUAUUACACAAGGUCAGUGGCUGCAGCAGACAAACAGAUUAAAAUGAGUACGCCGUUGGAAAGCGAUUGCGAAAUAAGUGGAAAUGAAAAUACGAAAGAAAUGAAAAUCGUGCAAGAACUUGUCGCAACAAGCGGAGAGCAAUGUGGGAAUGCAAGAAGCAACAUGCAGAACCUUGUCGCAACAAGCGGAGAGCAAGGUGGGAAUGCAAGAAACAACAUGCAGAAUCAUGUCGGGACAAGUGGAGAGCAACGUGGCGCAGCUGGUUUAAUCGAAAGCAGCUCGAUCGACGAAAAUACAAGAACGCUGAAAGAUUUAGUGCAGCUUCUUGCUAUUAAGAUUGGAGCGGAGGAGCGAAACAACGGUUGCUCGAUUACGGCAGAAAGCUUUGCGAAGAUCUUUCCAGAGUUUGACGGAGAGUCCAUGCCGGUUAAAAAUUGGUUUGAAAAUUUUGAGAUAAAUGCGGCAGCCUACGAUCUGAACAUUAAGCAGAUGUAUGUUCAGGCUCGCGCCAAAAUGACGAACACAGCGAAGUUGUUUUUGGACUCUACGUAUGUACACCAAUACUCAGAGAUGCGUAUGCUGAUGGAGACAGAGUUCAGUCGACAAUAUGUGUGCAGCGCGGAUGUACACGAGCAGCUCCGCGACCGCAAGAAACGCAAGCAGGAAUCUUUUCACGAAUACCUACUACAGAUGAAAAAGAUCGCUUCACUUGGCAACAUUGAUGCACGUUCAGUUAUCCGCUAUGUUGUUGACGGCUUGAACAUGAGAAGUGAUUUCAGAUACUCUCUCUACAGUUGCAAGUCUUACAAAGAACUACAGGAGCAGUAUGAGGUGUUCGACCGUGUGGUCGAGAAGCCAUUUAAUCCUAACGAGGGAAAGUGGACGUCGAGCCAGAAAAAGCAGCACGAGGGACAGCACGACAGGAAGAGUCACUGCUUUAACUGCGGAUCAUUAGAUCAUCAUCGUAAGGACUGCAAGUCUGCUGUAAAAUGCUUCAGUUGCAACAAAGAGGGUCACAUGUCAAGAGAUUGCCCUGGGUCAGCUGCUGGUGUCCAAGUCGUACGCAGCUCAAGUCGCAUGAAAAAUGUCACUAUCAACAAUGUGGCAGUGGAGUGUCUGGUAGAUACGGGAGCCGAUGUAUCUAUACUGCGCAAGUAUAUCUUUAACAAGAUACCAAAUGUUACCCUGGAGAGGUGUGCGUCGAAGCUUCGUGGGCUGGGAAGGAAGAUUACGUGCACAGUUGGCUACUUUUUGGCGGAGGUUGCGGUGGACAAGGAGAUAACUAGACACAAGUUCGUCGUAGUGGAGGAUGAAGACAUCGAGUAUGAUGCGCUGCUCGGUUUUGAUUUUGUAUCGAAGUUUGACUUUUCGCUGUCGGCCGACGGAUACAAGUUUUCUUCCCCGCUGGGGGAGAAAGCUUGUGAGGAACCAAAUCAGAUGAGUAUUUACAACAUAAUAAAUUCAGAUGAUGAAAUAGAUGUUCCUCCGCAGUUCGCUAAAGAGGUGUCGCUGCUGAUCAAUAACUACAAGGCGGUGGAUUCGGUAGCCGAAGUCCCAGUGAGGCUAAGAAUCGUCCGGGAUGGUGAAAUCAUCCCAUUUCGUCAAUCCCCAAGUAGAUUUGCGAUUGCCGAAAAGCAGAUCAACGAAUGGUUAGAUGCUGGAAUCAUUCGCCCAUCUACAUCUAACUUUGCUAGCCGUCUUGUACUGGUGAACAAAAAAGAUGGCACACGGCGUAUUUGCGUCGAUUUUCGAAAGCUGAACUCGAUGGUUUUGAGAGACUUUUUUCCCGUUCCUAUAAUCGACGACGUUCUGCAAAAGCUGCAAAAAGCACGCUUUUUUACUGUAAUGGACUUGGAGAAUGGUUUCUUCCACGUGGCCAUUGAGGAGGAUAGCAAAAAAUUCACAGCCUUCAUCACCAAAUCCGGAUUGUACGAAUUCAAUAGAACCCCGUUUGGAUUUCAGCUGUUUUUAUUCGUUACGUUAAUCACGUGUUCCAAGAGCUGAUGAGCAGAGAUGUUCUCGACUUGUACAUGGAUGAUAUAAUUAUCCACGCCGAGACUGCAGAGCAAUGUUUGGAAAAGAUUAAACUCGUGUUUAACAGAGCUGGAGCGUUUGGCCUGAAGAUAAAGUGGCGAAAAUGUCACUUUUUGCAAAAGAAGAUUUAUUUUUUGGGCCACAACAUUGAGGACGGAAACAUAUGGCCUGGACAGGAAAAGACAGCUGCGGUCAGCAAAUUUCCGGUGCC